AUGCUCCUUCAUGAAAUUAGAGGACCAACAUCUUUUUCAGACCUAAAGACUGUUAAAGGUAUCCUCCAUAAUACAUUCCAAUCUGCCUGUAAUGUGUUAGGUUUACUUGAAGAUGAUAAUUACUGGAACAAUACGUUAAAUGAAGCUUCUUUGAGUGAUUCUCCUUCCAAGCUGCGCGAACUAUUUACUGUAAUGUUAGUAUUUUGUCAACUAUCGGAUUCCUUAACUCUUUGGGAUACACAUAAAAACAAUCUUUCAGAGGAUAUUAUCCGACAAAUGGAUGCUGACCAAAAAGAUGAGGCUCACAACAAAUGUUUGAUACAAAUUGAAGAUGCAGUGCUUGCUGUAGGAGGUCAGAGCAUAUCAAAUUAUGGGCUACCUCAGCCAACAAGGACAGAAAAUAACUUUGAAAACAUAGUCUAUCAGAGAUAG